AUGAAUUCCUGGCUUCUCUCAUCUUCUCCUAAUUCUCUUGUUUAUUCAUUUUUCAUAUUCUUCAUCUUCAUCAAUAGCAUUCAUCUAUCUCUUUGCAAAGAUGAUUCAUACUCAAACUGUAGCAAAAACAUUUUCUCUUGUGGAAACAUCCGCAACAUUGGUUUUCCUUUCUGGGGAGAAAACUAUGCUGGUUGUGGCUAUCCAGGACUGAAGCUCAACUGCAAGGAAAACGUUACUACCAUGGAGAUUAUGAACGUGACUUACCGUGUGUUAGAUGUGAAUCUCAGUGACCAGAUACUCACAAUUACGAGGGAGGACUACUGGACUGGUUUUUGUUCACCAAUGUUCACAAACACUACCUUGGAUCCCACACUCUUUGAUUUUGGUAAUGGUAAUUUUCAGAAUCUUACACUAACUUAUGGUUGUGCUUUGUCUUCGAUAGCUCACCCUAGUCAACUCACUUGCUCCACAACUACUGGAUCAUUGUUUGAUGUGCACAUGAAACCGGGAGCUCUUGGUCCUGAUGAGAAUUGUGAAACAGUGUGA